AUGGAAGGAGACGGCAGCGCUGGGCCGAGACCUAAUUGGGAUCUGGGGAUGCAGUGGGCUCCCGCCAUAUCGGCUUACCCGCACCACUUCCUGCCGCCACCAGCUGGGGCCGGAGCUAGCCUGCAGAGGCAGCGGGAGCUGACUAGCCUCGAGCUGGGCAAGCGCCCGUGCUGCCUGGCCGACGGAGGCGGACAGGCUGCUCAUCAGCAGGCGGACGGGAGCGGCGGCGGGGGGCGUUCUUCGGCCGAGGGCAGGAGGAAGGAGAAGGCGGCGGCGGCCACGGCGGCCGUGCCGAGGUGCCAGGUGCAGGGCUGCCACCUGGCGCUGGCGGGGGCCAAAGAGUACCACCGCCGCCACAAGGUCUGCGAGGCGCACUCCAAGGCGCCCCGCGUCGUCGUGCACGGCGCCGAGCAGCGAUUCUGCCAGCAGUGCAGCCGGUUCCACGCCAUGUCGGAGUUCGACGACGCCAAGCGGAGCUGCCGCCGGCGCCUCGCAGGCCACAACGAGCGGCGGCGGAAGAGCAACGCAAGCGAGGCCAUGGCCAGGGGCUCAAUCUCGCACGCACACGGAGUAGCGUCGUUGGUGCAGGGUUUCGCGCCGUACGGCGCGCUGACGACGUCCCCGGCUGGUGCUCUCUCUCUUCUGUCAUCGACCAGAGCCGCCCCCUGGCUGAUCCCGACGAGCCCCGGCGACGUGUUCUCCGCCCACUCCAGCAGCGCCGCGCUGGACGAGCUCAUCGCCGAGAACCGCGCGGCCCUCCUGGCGUGCCACUUCUUCCCCGAGCGCUCGGGUGCCGCCCGGCCCGCGGUCCCGGCGGCAGAGAUGACGCCCGGCGGCUGGCACCAAGCGGCGCACCAGCAGGUGCACGGGGUGGCGGGCAACGGCGCCGUCCGCCGCGACUACGGAGGACCUCCUCCUCCUCCGGCGGGACACGUGACGCUCGACCUCAUGCAGGCGCCGGCCACGGCGGGCGCGCGGUUCCGGUCCAUGGCGCCGGACAGGCCCACCGAGGACGGCGAUGCCGGCCGUGGGUCGGGCGUUUGGACGCCCCUGCAGGGCGCCCACGUAGUCUGA